AUGCAAAAUGCGCAGUCUUGCCUAUAUAAGGACCAACCUUUCUGGAAAAAAUCUGUUUGUCAACAAAUCGUGAGUACCGGUGUGAAGGUAGAACUGGAGAAAUGGUCAACGAAACGGAGCAGAGGAAGGUGCUGCCAUGCUGCCGAUACCAAAGUCUCCAGUUCCCAGUUCGUUGCAAAGUACAAAUCCCAUUGCGCGAUGUCACCAAGCGAGGAGCCGAUGGCCAUUGGCAGUGGAGCAAAAAUGGCCAAGAAGGUAAAACGGCCACAGUCCCCCAGAGAGUUCUUCAGGUAAGUUAGUGCCACCGUAAAAGACCCUUUUUCAGAAACGACAGGCGACUGGAAGAGGUGAGGCGGCUAUACGUUGACCUCUACAAUCUUCUGGACCGUCUCUAUAAGGCACAAACCAAAGCUGAAAAAAAGCAUACGCUAGAUUAG